CGAAGAAUGAGCAUCUCGAAAUACCAAAGGUGGGGCAUUUGCUGGGUUGCUCUGAACAUCCUCCCACCUACAAAGCAGCCGUUGAUCCCCAGAGCCGCACAACACACAGAUAAAAUACUAGGACUGAUCAUCAUCCAACGACUCAUACUUGGACGAGGAAGCCUUGUUUGCUCCGCUCGACGUGUUCGUCUACCGACAUGGCACAACUUACCGGCCCUGCCAAGCUCGAUGCGGUUCGGAAGCUCCUCGAUGACCUGAAUGAAGAUCUCAAAUCCAGAACUCUCCAACCCCAAGAACGUGACGCUGCCCUCGAGCAGCUGAAGGUGUACGGCCGCGAUCCAAGCUUUGCAGAUCCUAUCUUUACGAAGGAGGGUAUCGAGACUCUCACCAAGUUCGCCUUCGACAGCUCCUCAGAUAUCACAUCCCGCAACGCUCUCAGGGUUCUAUGCAAUGCCUUGUUCCUAAAGCCCGAAACUCGUCAAAAUUUUGUAGAUCUGAGCUAUGAGGACAAGGCAUGCGCCAAACUCAAGAACGAUAAUCGGGACGAUGAAUUCUUGGUCUCCAGGCUGCUGCUUCUCACCACCUACGGGACGAGCAUUGAUCUCCCUAAACUAAUAGAGCAGCAUCAGUUGGCCGACUCCAUAAUCCAAAACCUAGCAAGGCAUGCCGAAAGGUUUUCCAAGAAGAAAUCCACGACGGCCGCAGCAGAGCCCAUGACAGAGAUGGCCCUUGCCGAGACCCUCAAACUCCUCUUCAACGUGACGAAUUUCGCCAAGAAGCACGUCAACUCGUUUGACGGAGCCCUCGCGCCAGUCGCCUCCAUCCUGUGCGCUCACCCGUUCCCGCAGACCAAGACCCCGCUCGACCCUCCUUUCAGCCUCCUCAUCAACACCCUUAUCAACCUCGACCUCACCACGCCGGCCGCCCAGGCCGCCCUCUACCCGCCGGCCGACCCCACCAAGGUGGCCAAUCGGCUCCUCGAGCUCCUCGACUUGGCUAUGAAGUCUUACGCCGACAGCCAGCUCGACCAGGACGUCUCGCCGCUCAUCUGCGCGCUCUCCGAAUACUACAAAAACGCCCCCAAGAAGGAAGACGCCAAGGGGACGGCGCCCACCGACCCGGUUCGCGUCCGCGUCCGCGCCGCCCUCCUCCCAACCGACGAGGACCGCAAGCUGGUGCUCGGCAAGGCCGACACGCUGCCCUCGCGGUUGCUGCGUAACUGGACCAACCCGCUGGCCCCGCAGUUCCGCAGCGCCGUCGCCCACCUGUACUUUGACCUGUCCGGCCGGGACCCCGUCCAGUUCGUCGAGAACGUAGGGUACGGCUACGCGUCCGGGUUCCUGUUCGAGAACAAGAUCAACGUGCCCGAGGAGGCGAUGCGGCAGCAGCAGCAGGAGCAGGAGCAGCAGGGUGGGAAGAGCGCUGCGGGUUCGACGGGGAUCCGGCGGGACGUGAAUCCCAUCACGGGGCAGUUCCUGGACGAGGAGAAGUUCCCUGACCUGCCCGAGAUGACGAAGGAGGAGAAGGAAAGGGAGGCGGAGAGGCUCUUUGUGCUGUUUGAGAGGCUGAAGCAGAACAAGGUUAUGUCGGUGCAGAACCCAGUUGAAAAGGCGGUACAGGAGGGAAGGUUCCAAGAGCUGCCGGACGAUUACUCAGAGGAUGAUUCGGACUAGUUCAGACGCAACAAUCGCCUGAUAUAGCGAUGGUGCUGCGGCGCAUUCGCACUUAUCGAACCGUUGUGGUCAUUGGGAAGAACUGGAAUACGGACUAGUAAGUCCACCCUUCACUCCGGACAACUAUUCAGGAUGUCGGGGACAGUUGUGCUCAACGUGUCAUAGCCUCUGGGCGUCCGUUGGCGGCCUAUGAGAGAGGUGGUUAUGGUAACGAUGGUUAACAAUUCUUUUUGAGUUGAAUCCGAGUUCUGAGUUCGACCUUGGAGAGGCGGCUAUGGGCCGGCAACUCUGCUCUGGGUGCAUGAGAUGACAUACACAUGUAUCUAACCACUAAAUUAGCUACUCCCUCUAAAUUCCCUGCUCCAAGUGUGCUAAGUUGUGGCCUUUUAG